GCACUCGCAUGUCACGCUGCGUCAGACGCACAGUAUUGCGGAAGUGAAGACAGUAAAUAUUACUCUUCGAAGGUGGAGCUUUAUUUUUGGAUCGAAACUGUGAGGGGACUCUGAUGUUUACUUCAUCAAAAUAAUACGUACUGACGGGGAAAAAUCUAUACUGGUCUUGAGAUAAACAUUAAAAUAUCAGCCAACAUUUGUUAAGAAAGUGUCCAUCAUGCUUGGCGGUGGGUAUAAAGCGGAGAGGCUUCGAGUCAACCUUCGGCUGGUCAUUAAUAGACUCAAGCUGCUUGAGAAGAAGAAAACCGAGCUGGCGCAGAAAGCGCGAAAGGAAAUAGCCGAUUACUUGUCAUCCGGGAAAGAUGAGCGUGCUCGUAUCCGCGUGGAGCACAUCAUCAGGGAGGACUACCUGGUGGAGGCCAUGGAGAUCCUCGAGCUGUACUGUGACCUACUACUGGCACGGUUUGGCCUCAUUCAGUCCAUGAAGGAGCUGGAUCCUGGGUUGCAGGAGGCUGUGUCCACAUUAAUAUGGGCUGCCCCACGCCUGCAGUCAGAAGUAUCUGAAUUGAAGAUUGUGUCUGAUCAACUGUGUGCAAAAUACAGCAAGGAGUACGGCAAGCUGUGCAGGACAAACCAAAUAGGGACGGUCAACGACAGGCUGAUGCAUAAGCUGAGCGUGGAGGCACCCCCAAAGAUCCUGGUGGAGCGUUACCUUAUUGAGAUCGCCAAGAACUACAACGUACCUUACGAACCCGACGCCAUGGUCAGGCCCGAGGUGGCCUUUGGUGAGGAGGCGGACCUCAUUGAUGUGGACAGUGACAGCAGAAAGCCAGGUGGCGGGGGUGGCGGCUUCACUGCGCCAGCUGCGGCUGGGUCCGUACCCAUGCCCCCCGGGUUCAAAUACCCCACCCCCAGUGGAUCAGAGCCCUUCCAUGACACUGUGGGAACCUAUGAUAGCAUUCCAAACUUCCAGCCCCCGGUAAGAGGACAGCCCCCCCAGCUUCCGAGUGUUCCCCCCACCUACGAGUCUAUCGAUGAUUUGGUCAUCAAACCAUCCGGGCCUGCCCAGGUACCUGGUCCAGGCCCGUCCUUCGGGUCAUUUGACAACAGCCCCCUCCCUGAGCUUCCCUCUGUCCCUGACACACUACCUGCGUCUUCCUUCGGCCGGAACGCCUCGACUUCCGACGACAUCGACUUUGACGACCUCUCGCGGCGCUUUGAGGAGCUGAAGAAGAAGACCUAGAACGUCAUGAAGACCAGUCUAUUGUUAUGGUGACUGGCUAAGGGGCAUGAGCCCUGGUCAGAUUUAAGAAUAUGGAUUCUCUCUUGCAGUAAAUUUCCCUCCCCUGUCUCCUCCCUAAAUUCCAAUAUUAUCGUACUUAAACACAGUGAAGCGGUCAGGGGGUGAGCCUUUGGUCGCGCCAUUCUUAGUGAACGACUUGAUAAAACACCCAGCUGUCAAAGUGUGGAAAAGCCAUCGUGGGCCUAAUCCCAAAGCUUAUAGACAACCACGCUGCCUCGUACCCAAACUAUAGUACCCGCUGUUUGAUUGACGGCCUUUGAGAGUUUGCCAGAGAGCAAAGAACGCCAUCUCAUUAAACGUCAUGAUGAUGUUUCUAGCCGUGGUUAAAGAUCUUCAGUUGUGAAUGAAAUAAGGCGUUUCGCAACCAGAAGAAUUGCGAUGUAUCCUAAACAUUUCUUGUUUUGACAUGUAAGCUUCUUGGUGUUUAGUUUGAUCAGUUCUUGAGGUCAUGUUUUCUAAUCACACUGGAGAUUUAAUAUUUUGUCACACUGAAAGGGGUGGAAGUGUGAUAUUGCAACCAAUCAGCAAAUACUUAAAAAAAAAUUUAGUAACAGUAAUUUAAAUGCACAUGCUAGGUUAAAGCUUCUACAGGCCAUUCUGCCUGAUGCUUCCCUUUGUAACUUGCUGUUGGGUAGACCUGCACUUUAACAUUGAGGGAUUUAGUCUGGCUAAAGAUAUUUAAGAGAGACUUCAUUGUAUAAAAUCUGAGAAUCUGGUUCCUCAUUUUCAAAUUUCCAGCAUAUGACAUGAACCUGGUUUUAUAUAUCUAUAUUUGUAAUUUGUAUGUAGGAUCAUGGCUAAAGUGAUCUGAUAUAUGCAUUUGUAAACCAGAUUGAAAUCAAAAGCUGACAUAUUACUUUUUCUGAUGUUCCUAAUGCUGACAUUACUUCAGUGCUGCAAGGUUCUAGGUCAUAUUUUGGUCACAUUUGAUUCAUUGAAAGCUUCAACACCCAAGUGGUUGUAAUAAUAUAAUAGAAUUAAAGCACUACAAACAAACACUCCUUACCUUACGAAGGUGGUGAAUGACUUAGUCCGUUAGGAAGAGGAUGGAUUUACAGCAAAACAGCCGAAGUCGAUUUUGAAGUUACGUUAUUAUUCUGAGUUCUUUUUAUCUCUCUUGUUAAAAAUGUUCAUUUUCAUCUCAGUUAUGCCCUUAUGCUCUUUAUUUAUCAAGUGCAGCCUUAUAUUUAUUUUUAUGGCUCGAGCUGAAAUAAGGUGGUGUUCAAAAUUACGGGGCUGGUUUUAUAUUCUUUUAAAUUGUUUCAAUGUAGUCCCCUAAUCGUAUCCUCAUAUCAGUCAUAGCCCAGUUUCGUUAGCGCUUAUGCGAUCUGUCUCUUUGUAAUCAGUAUGGCUAACCUGUCCGGUAGUAUGCUAAUCUGUUAACAUAAUGGGUUGCAUUUUUAAAUUAGUUGUGUAUGUAAAUGGGAUUGUCUGUGGCCAUUCAUUUCUUGACGAAAGGAGAAGCACCAGACAUCCCAAAAACAGCGUCUCCGACCUUCAACAACAUACCUCUCUUUGGUUCUCCUUACGGUGUGUCUGAAUGUUUUAAAGUUUAUUUUGAGCUAUGUUAUGUAUUAAUUAUCGAUCGUUACAAAAAAAACGGACGUUACUUAAUAAAACAUUACUUGUCACACAAGAA